AAUAUAGGAGCAAAUGGGAGAAACGACAACAUGUGGGCAUGAACAAGACACGACGACACACAGACUAAUCCAAUCUUCUCAUCUUCCGAUCGUUAUGUUAUCCAUGGAGGAAGUCGCAUUGCUUCUCUAGUUCUCUUCAUAUCCUAAACCUUCUUCAUCUCUCCGCCACCGGAAAAUGCAAUUCUCCGCCGCAAUAGGAUCGCCAUAUUCCUCCGUCUCUCGUAUAGCUUUUCUCUCUCACUUACUCGCCACCGAUGUUUCUGCUACGAAAACACCACCGCUAACUUGGAACUAUUCCACCACCAAUUUCUUCAUUUGUCGAAGCUCUUUAACCCCCAAAAAACCCUCACCUUCGAUUCCAGCCCCCAAGGUUUCCACCUCCGACGACACCUCGAAAACUCAGCUCCUGGAUCUUAUUGACGAAGACGACGACGUCGUUCGCCAAGCUCGGAGAUCUGCUGAUUGGAAAGCAGCAAGAGCUCAUUAUGAGAACGGAAUUGUAUAUCAAGGCAGAAUUGAGGGAUCCAAUGGAGGUGGUUUACUAAUUCGAUUUUAUUCUCUUGUUGGAUUUCUUCCAUAUCCACAAUUGAGCCCAUCUCACUAUUGUAAAGAACCAGAAAAGUCCAUCCAAGAGAUUGCAAAAACACUAACGGGUACUCUUAUUUCCGUUAAGGUGAUUCAUGCGGAAGAGGAGAAAAGAAAACUUAUAUUCUCCGAAAAAGAAGCUACGUGGUCAAAGUAUUCAAAUAGUGUAAAAGUUGGAAAUGUUUAUGAUGCAAGAGUUGGAUCGGUUGAAGACUAUGGUGCCUUUGCUCACUUGCGAUUUCCUGAUGGUUGUUAUCAUCUUACUGGACUUGUACAUGUUUCGGAGGUGUCGUGGGAUUUGGUUCAGGAUGUGAGAGAUAUCUUGAAUGAGGGCGAUUUAGUCAAGGUCAAAGUCAUUGGUGUCGAUAGGAAUAAAUCAAGAAUUACAUUGUCAAUAAAGCAACUGGAGGAAGAUCCGCUGCUAGAAACUUUGGAGAAAGUCAUCCCUCAGGAUAAUUCAGGUGGUUCUCCUUCGGAAGACUAUGUCAUCGACCCACUUCCAGGUCUCGAAACAAUUGUCGAAGAACUAAAACGAGAAGAAGGCAUAAUCGACAUAAAAAUAACUCGUCAAGGAUUCGAGAAACGAGUUGUAUCACAGGAUCUCCAACUUUGGCUAUCAAAUGCACCCCCUAAUGGAAAUCAGUUCACACUCCUUGCUCGAGCAGGAAGACAAGUACAGGAAAUACAACUCGUAACUUCACUCGAUCAAGAUGGGAUCAAAUUUGCAUUACAGAGAGUUUUGGAGCGAGUUCCAUGAUUAAUUUCUUCAAAUUUCGUAAUAUACGUAAAGAGUUAUUACAGAGAUCCAGAUCCUACUUAUUGUACAGAAAUCACAUUAAACCUGCAACUAUCGUCGUUUUUUUACUGAUGUAUGCUGUUCGUGUUCUUCCUUUCA